AAAGUGAUAUUCAAAAAACUGAAAAAAGUAAAAUCAAUAGCUGGUACAUGAGCAAAAAUGUCAAUUGUGGAUUUGACAAUACUAUAAUUGAUAUCUUUGAAGAUAUAAUUGCAAAUAUGAAAAAAUAUUUGUCAAAUUUUUGCCAGUCUUUGAUAAAAAUAGAAAUGAUGUCAUCAUGUUUUUAUCAAAGUAAUAUUUCUUCAAUUGAUGAACUUCAUGAAAGAGCUUUUUCUUUACAAGAAUUAUUCUUGGAAUCUGAAGAACAACAAUUGGAGAUAUGGAAAUUAUAUCAUUAUAAAUCAAAAAAAAACCAAUAUGUAGUUGUAUUUACUGAUGG